CGCUGUGGGAACACUGUGGCAUGGCGCCGUUUCCUUUGACGCAGCAUUCCAUCCGGUCCUGAGGCAGAAUCCACCCAAGACGACAGACGGAGACCAUGGAGCCCUUCAAGCCCAAGGUCACGGGUUUCCCGAGCCUGGGAGUCGACGAGGACCAGGAAGAGCCCUGUGAAAUCAAGCAAGAGAUGUUCGCACCCCAGCCUGCGGCUGUGGCCACACAAGUCAAGGGGGAAGGAGAUCACGAAGGCGACCAGGAUGCCGGUGGUGAUGGUGACAGCAAAGUUGAUAGUAACGACGAAGACAACAGUGAUAGUCACCAAGAAGAUGGCGGUGAUGGUAACAGCGACCGCGAUGAGGGCGCCGGUGAGUUGGGUGCUGGAGGUCCUUUGCCCGCAGGUCCGGAAACCCACGAAGUGGGCUGUGGCCGCAGCCCACCGCCGCCUUUGGAGCGCGAGGAGCCCAAGCAGGAGGGACAAGACGCCGUCUCGGGGCCCGAGCGGCCAAGGAGGCAGUAUGCGGGCCCCCGCAGGUUAACCCAGCAGCAGUUCUGCCAGCUGGAGAGCUUGUUCCAGCGCAACCAGCAUCCGGACGCCAUCACGCGCCAGGAACUUGCGAGAGUCAUCGAGGUGCCUGCAGCCAGAGUGCAGAUUUGGGAAAUAAGUGUUGAACUUCUGGGUCUUGGGGAGGGGGAGGUGGGCUACAUAAAGCCCAGGUGUUGGGAAUUGCCCAUUACCAGAGGGAACAUGAUUCCCUAA